GACUGCCCCCUGAAUGCAACGAGAAGCUCUUACAGAAGCGGAGAGCUCAAAGUUCGGAGCUGACUCGAGGCCGUGAAGGCAGCAUUAGCAGCUCGUGCAGUGGAGCGGGGUCGACGUCAACUGGAGGGAGAAUGGCAGCCCUGUGGAGAUCCUACCAGGCCCUGAUGCUCAAACAACCAUGGACGGUGCAGAUAGUGACCGCUGGCUCUCUGGUGGGCGUCGGUGAUGUCAUCUCACAACAGCUGAUCGAGAGGAGAGGAUUGGCUCAUCACAACGUGCGGCGGACGGCCAAGAUGAUGAGUAUCGGCUUCUUAUUCGUGGGUCCAGUAAUCGGCGGGUGGUACAAAGUUCUGGACCGGCUCGUGGUCGGAGGAACUAAAAGUGCAGCCAUGAAGAAAAUGCUGUUGGACCAGUUGGCCUUCGCUCCGUGUUUCCUGGGCUUUCUCGGCCUCUCCGGCGCUCUGAACGGACUGUCGGUGGAGGCAAACGUCACCAAGCUGAAGAGG